GCCUCACAAUUGUAGAUGUUGCAGUCUGGACUGCUCUUGCUGGUAAAAUUUAUGCAAUUCUAUUAUUGAGCUUCUUUAUAUCGAUGAUCCUUGAUGUGGUCUCGACUUUUUUUUUUCCAAAGGACUUCUUUUCGUGAAAGAGAUUACUCAUGUUUUCAAUGUGUAUUAUAGCUUGCCUUUGAUUGCUAUGUCUUUUCUAUAUAAAUCAUGGCACACAAGUGUUCUACUUCUCAGAGAAUAUAUGUUCUUUUAUUUCUAUUACAGGAGCUGGUCUGAGAUGGGAAAGUUUAAGGAAAUGUUCUUUUAUAUUCUCCCAAAUUGUAUAUUAUCCAAUUCGAAGCUAAGUUUCCUAUCCCAUCUCUUUUCUAUUGAUGAUAGUGUAAGAAAGAUAUCAGAACUUAACAUCUAUCAUUGAGCUUGCCAUGGCUAUCUUGUUCAUCUAUUUAUGACAAUAGUGGGCUAAGGUUUUUCCCAUAUUCUGUGUGUAUGCUAUUUGUUCAUCUAUUUGAAAGAAUUGAAGACAAGGUUUACCUUGAAGUCUGGUAGAGUAAUGAAUGAAGGCCCUCUUACUUUUCGGCUGUUGAAGUAUUACAUGAACUGAAACUUGAAGUUUCUGGUAGCAGGUAGAUCAAUUUACUUCCCUGGUGAAUAAGGAAUGAAUAAGGGUGUGUGUUGGCUGAAAUGUUAAAGAGUGUAGGGUGGUUGGCUGAAGACUUGAGUACCUACGAAAUGGUACAAUGUUGGGUGGCUGAUUUGAGCCCUUUGUGUACUAUGGUAUGGCUGGAGUAUGGGGUAGCUCAGCUGGUGUCUGGUGAGGCAGAGCUACCGUGAAGAAUAUAUGCAGCGAGGCAGACAAAAUAAUUCAGAUUGGUAAUUUGAAGCACCUCUUUCAAAUGCUAAUUAGUGUUUCUGAUUUUGCUGCAGGUUAUUUCGGAGAAGAACAGGAAAGAGAUCUCCAAGUACAGGCUAUUUUGGAGAAGAACAGGUGCCCCAAGUGCGUAGAACUAAAGCUUCGCCGUGAAGGUGCUGCUUUCUGUUCCCAAGAGUGUUUCAAGGCAUCCUGGAGUUCCCAUAAAUCUGUUCACUUGAAUGCAAAAUCUUCUUUAAUUGCAUCUGAAAGUUAUAGUGAACAGAACUUGGGUCUGCCGGGUGACGGCUGGCUCUACUGCUUGAUAGAAGGACAAGCACAGACACCAAAACUUCCACAUUUUGACUGGUUUUAAUUUAUGUUUGUCCCAACUACAAAAUUUAUGUUUAAUUUUUUUAUCAUUUUAAUUACCUCUAACCCCAAAAAUAAAACAAUGCUUGUCCCAACUACAAAAUUUAUGUUUAAUUUUUUUAUCUGGUUUAUUUCUCUGUCCUUUUCAGGCCAUUAAGACCAUAUCCAAUAUCACAGAAACGUAUAGUACCUACUCAUAUUGAUCAACCUGACAAUUAGUUUGAAUGUUAAGAUACUUUAGCAAUAUACAAGGUGUGGUUACUUUUUGUUUGGCUGUGUAAUUCUCUAUGUUUAAUCAUAUAUGAUUUUGUGGUUGAUAUUUCCUGAUACUCAUGAUAAAUAGUUAUUUGGAUCAUAUAUUCUCGUCUUGUUUCAUUUUCCAGUUUGAAUUGC